AGAAUGUGGAGCAGCAGGCGGCUGCAGUCACGGGUUCACUGCUGAUUAAGGUCAGACUGGAGACGCACACAUUCAGACAUUGGGGGGGGGGAUGCUUCAAAUCUGCCAAUUUGUCGUAAAAGCCAUCAUGGUAUACGAUCAGUGGUUCUUCAUGUCAAAGAUGUGGACACUGCAGAUUUCUCUGUGAAAGGAGUGUUCUUCGCUUUAGCCGCAGAAGAGAAAAGACACAGUUCGCUGUUGGUGAAGAAGUGCAUAGCUGCCGCACAUGGAAGCUGAGUGGCAGCAGGGGAGUGGAAGUGAGGAAGACUUGGACUCAGAGGAAGAGGAGACAACAGAUGAAAGCUGUACCAUCGAGCCGAGCUGCCAUCCUCGACUGGAUGGCGACAUUGAGAUAGUCAGGAGACUGUAUUCACAUAGUUCGGUCGCUAUCGGGGAAUAUCAAUCAAUCGAUAAAGUGGAUGUCGAUCUGAACAUUGACGGCAACAUUUUGGAUGAGGAAGUGGCCAAAGCCUGGAGGGUUAACCCAUCAGAGCCCAUCGUUUUCCGCCUGCACUUGUCUUUGUCUCAGUAUCUCAAUGGACCUGAACCAACAGUUGAAGUCUUUCAGUCAUCUAAUAGACAUUUCAGUCUUGGAAGACAACUGGAAAGUGUUUUAGCGGUCUUCAUCUCACAGGAGUGGAACCAUCUGACUAAUGAGAACGUGAUAGUGAGACAGAAGAGAAGGCACAGCUGGUUCAGGCCUGGUGGAACCAUGAAGAAAUUCCGCGCAAGACUCAGCAUCUGGCUGCCACUGUCAAAAUCUAACACACUCCAAGACCGCAGCCUGAGGGGAAGGAUUGUUUUGCCAGCCAGGAAACGGAAUCAUUUUGCCAAUCACGCGACGUCCUACAAAAUCAAGAAUCCAUCAGGGGAACUCUUCACUUACAGGCCUCGCGGAAAGAGUGUCGUCGUGUCAGGAGUGAAGUCGUCCGCUCAGCUCAGCACCAAGCAGCUAAUAGAGCUGCUGUUCUUCUCUCAGGCCAUAGGGCACUGUAAGACCGCCCCGACUCUGCAACAUGGCUUCUUGGUGCAGGUUAUGAGGUACGCAGAGCAGAGAAUCCCCACCUUGAAUGAAUACUGCGUAGUUUGUGACGAGCGCCACGUUUUCCAGAAUGGCCCCCUGUUGAAGCCUGCCGUUUGCAGCAGGGAACUAUGUGUCUUUUCUUUUCACACCAUGGGGGCGAUGUCAGGAGCCACAGAGGCGGUGGCCACCGGUGCAGAGGUGGUCGACUUGCUGGUGGCGAUGUGCAGGGCGGCUGUGCAGUCGUCGCGCAAAAGCAUCAUAUUUGAACCGUAUCCGUCUGUUGUCGAUCCAAAGAAUCCCAAAAUGCUGGCCUUUAGCCCCAAGAGAAAGAGCUACGAGAGGCUGGAAAAAGCCCUGGACAGUGUCCUGCUGAUUAGGAGGAUGACGCAGGGUUCAUAUUCUGAAAUCAAAAAGCAGAUGGACUCAAUAGACCCUCUUGCCAUUCCUUUACUGCAAUGGAUUUUAGCGAGCAACAGAUCUCACAUUGUCAAGCUUCCAGCCAACAGGCAACUGUCCUUUAUGCACACACCACACCAGUUCCUGCUCAUCAGCAGCCCUCCGACCAAAGAGGCUCGUUUUCAAGCUGCACGCAAACUCUAUGGCAGCACCUUUGCUUUCCAUGGUUCCCACGUUGAAAACUGGCAUUCCAUUUUAAGAAACGGCCUCGUGAAUGCAUCCAAUACAAAAUUCCAAAUUCAUGGAGCUGCAUAUGGCAAAGGGAUCUAUUUAAGCCCAAUCUCAAGCAUAUCAUUUGGAUAUUCUGACAUGGGAAAGGGACAACACCAGAUGCCCACCAAAGAAGAACUCCUGAAGAACUAUAAUCGCGUAAACAUAAUCCAACAGGAUCUCCCUGGCAGGUUUCUGCAAAGCAGGAACCUAAACUGUGUUGCACUUUGUGAGGUCAUAACGUCAAAGGAGCUCAAAAAACAUGGCAACAUCUGGGUGUGUCCCAUAUCUGACCACGUGUGCACACGUUUCCUCUUUGUGUAUGAAAACGGUUGCGUGGGAGACGUCCACAUCAACACUCAGGAAGAAGAGAUCCUGAGCCAAAUUUUAGAGGUCAUUGCAACCAAGCCCAGCUGAAAAAAAAACAAAAAAGGGUAACAGAUGAGAACAUUUACUGGUAGUCUGAAUUUCUCUCCAGAUUGAUUAUGAUGAUUGAAUGUGCUUCCUAAAUCGGCUGAUUUCAUCUUGUGUUUGACAUUAACAUAUAGUGGUACCUCGACUUAAGUGCGUCCCAAUUUAUGGGAUAUUCGAGUUACGAGCUGUUGCUUGGUGGUGCUUUGUGUUGUGAGCCAAGAUUUGAGUUAAGAGUGAGCUUCAGAUACACCGCCGCUUGAGUGAAGUGAAAUAAAAAUGGAGCAAGUAAGGUACUGUAAUGCCAUGUGGGCAAGGAAAGCCACGGUUUCUGAUGGAAACAGUCAAACACGCAAUACAAAAUGAGAACACUCGCAAAGGGCUGCUAGAAGACCACUACUCACGCCCAGACACUCACGUCCAGACAACCGACUAUAGGCCACGCCCCUUUUUUCUGGUGUAAUCUAAGACCAAUA